UACAAAGCAAUAUUUCCAACUAAUUCGAGGACAAGAACAGUUCUCUAAGGUUUCAUUAUCAUCUUCAUCUGACUAGCAAAGUAAAAUGGGAGCAGGAUUUUCAAAAGAUGAUGAAGAGGACAGGACUGGUGCUUUAUUUCAGGCAAUAAGGAGAGAUCGGUUUCAACAGGCAACAGAUCUAAUUUCAAAAGGUGCAGGGGUAAACUGUAUGAACAACUUUGGUAACACCCCAUUAAUACAUACAUGUCGAAACAACCGCACAUCAACCAGGACAGGGAGAGCAGUGGAAUCGGACCGAGAGCGUUUUGUGUCAUUUCUUAUCAGUAAUGAUUGUGAUAUGAGUAAAUAUGACAUAUAUGGAUGGACCGCUCUUAUGUAUGCCGAGAAGAAUGGCCAUGAUAACAUAAUUGAUAUUUUAGAGAAAAAGGAUAUGUGUAGUGACGAUACAGAAACUAUGGAGUAAGAAGCAGUUUUCCAAUGGAGAAGUGCUAUUUAAAACUGAAAGACGGAUGAGAUACAAGCACUGUUUUCAUAAUAAAUAUUCAAUCAUUGAAGACAA